AUGAGAAACAACACAGUAACAACCUUCGUUCUACUGGGACUGACCAAUGAUCCUCAUUUGCAAGUUGUGGUUUUCAUCUUUCUCCUUCUCACCUACAUGCUGAGCAUAACUGGGAACCUGACUAUCAUCUCCAUCAUCUUGCUGGAUUCCCAUCUUAAAACUGCCAUGUACUAUUUCUUACAAAAUUUCUCCUUUUUGGAGAUAUCAUUCACAUCUGCUUGCAUCCCUAGAUACUUAUAUAAUAUAGCAACAGGUGAUAGUACCAUUACUUACAAUGCCUGUGCCAGCCAAGUAUUUUUUACUGACUUCUUUGGUGUAACUGAAUUUUUCCUGCUGGCUGCCAUGUCCUAUGACCGCUAUGUGGCCAUUUGCAAACCCCUGCACUAUGUGACUAUCAUGAGUAGCAUAGUUUGUAGAAGACUUGUCUUUUGUUGUUGGGUAGCUGGUCUAUUUAUUAUAGCUCCCCCCCUUAUCCUAGGUUUAAAUCUGGUAUUUUGUGAUUCUAAUAUCAUUGACCAUUUUAUCUGUGAUGCAUCUCCCCUUCUGAAAAUCUCUUGCUCAGAAACUUGGUUCAUGGAGCAGACUGUUAUAAUCUGUGCUGUGCUGACCCUCCUUAUGACACUUCUGUGUGUGGUUCUGUCCUACAUUUAUAUCAUCAAGACCAUUUUAAAAUUCCCUUCUGCCCAGCAAAAGAAAAAAGCAUUUUCCACUUGUUCUUCUCACAUGAUUGUGGUCUCCAUAAGCUAUGGCAGUUGCAUCUUCAUCUAUAUUAAACCUUCUGCAAAGGAAUCAGUAGCUAUUAACAAGGGUGUGACGGUGCUCACCACUUCCAUAGCUCCAGCACUGAACCCCUUCAUUUACACACUGAGGAACAAGCAAGUUAAACAAGCCUUUAGUAACUGGGUGAAAAUAAUCAUGAUGAUUUCCAAGAAAUGA